GUCCCCUUCGGGGUGACAUACGAAAAAAUUGGAACGAUACAGAGAAGAUUAGCAUGGCCCCUGCACAAGGAUGACACGCUUUCCCGGAGUGGUAGACCUACGGGUCUCAAUAUUUAUGCCUCUUUUUCCUACGCCUUCGCGCGAUUCUGA